GUGCAUCUCGGCGACCAGGAAACGGGGAAGAUGGCGACUGUUCCGCGACGUUGAGGCCGCGUUAGGCGGUUCAGACUUAGAGUGAUGGCAGGAGAGCUGGCUGACAAGAAGGACCGUGAUGCCUCGCCUUCCAAAGACGAAAGGAAACGAUCUCGGACUCCUGACAGAGAGCGGGAUCGGGACCGGGACCGGAAGUCUUCUCCAUCUAAAGACAGGAAGCGGCAUAGGUCGAGGGAUAGACGUCGAGGAGCCAGUCGUUCUCGCUCCCGUUCCCGUUCCAAAUCUAUAGAAAGAGAUCGACGGCAUAAAGAACGAGAACGAGAUAAGGAACGGGAGCGGAAUAAGAAGGACCGAGAUCGGGAUAAGGAUGGGCACAGACGGGACAAGGACCGCAAACGAUCCAGUUUAUCUCCUGGCCGAGGAAAAGACUUUAAAUCUCGGAAAGACAGAGACUCUAAGAAGGACGAAGAGGAUGAACAUGGUGAUAAGAAGCCUAAGACUCAGCCGUUAUCCCUAGAGGAACUCCUGGCCAAGAAAAAGGCUGAGGAAGAGGCUGAGGCGAAGCCCAAGUUCCUGUCCAAAGCAGAACGAGAGGCAGAAGCCCUGAAGCGGCGGCAGCAAGAAGUGGAAGAGCGGCAGAAGAUGCUGGAGGAGGAGAGGAAGAAGAGGAAGCAGUUCCAAGACUUGGGCCGGAAGAUGCUGGAAGACCCCCAGGAACGGGAGCGUCGGGAGCGCAGGGAAAGGAUGGAGCGGGAGACCAAUGGAAAUGAGGAUGAGGAAGGGCGGCAGAAAAUUCGGGAAGAGAAGGAUAAGAGCAAGGAACUGCACGCCAUUAAGGAGCGUUACUUGGGUGGCAUCAAGAAGCGACGCCGAACAAGGCAUCUCAAUGACCGCAAGUUUGUUUUCGAGUGGGAUGCAUCUGAGGACACCUCCAUUGACUACAACCCCCUAUACAAAGAAAGGCACCAGGUGCAGCUGCUGGGGCGAGGCUUCAUCGCAGGCAUUGACCUCAAGCAGCAGAAACGCGAGCAGUCGCGAUUCUAUGGCGACCUGAUGGAGAAGCGGCGGACUCUGGAAGAGAAGGAGCAGGAGGAGGCAAGACUCCGCAAACUCCGCAAAAAGGAGGCCAAGCAGCGGUGGGAUGACCGGCAUUGGUCCCAGAAGAAGUUAGACGAGAUGACGGACAGGGACUGGCGGAUCUUCCGUGAGGACUACAGCAUCACCACCAAGGGUGGCAAGAUCCCCAACCCCAUCCGAUCCUGGAAAGACUCCUCUCUGCCCCCACACAUCCUGGAGGUCAUUGAUAAGUGCGGCUACAAGGAGCCAACACCUAUCCAGCGGCAGGCAAUUCCUAUCGGGCUACAGAACCGUGACAUCAUAGGCGUGGCCGAGACCGGCAGUGGCAAGACCGCAGCCUUUCUCAUCCCACUGCUGGUCUGGAUCACCACGCUCCCCAAAAUUGACAGGAUCGAAGAGUCAGACCAGGGCCCUUACGCCAUCAUCCUGGCCCCUACCCGUGAGUUGGCUCAGCAGAUUGAGGAAGAGACGAUCAAGUUUGGGAAGCCACUCGGCAUCCGCACCGUGGCUGUCAUCGGUGGCAUCUCCAGAGAAGACCAGGGCUUCCGGCUGCGCAUGGGCUGUGAGAUUGUGAUUGCUACCCCAGGACGUCUGAUUGACGUGUUGGAGAACCGCUACCUGGUGCUAAGCCGCUGUACCUAUGUGGUACUGGAUGAGGCCGACAGGAUGAUUGACAUGGGCUUUGAACCAGACGUCCAGAAGAUCCUGGAGCACAUGCCUGUCAGCAACCAGAAGCCAGACACGGAUGAGGCUGAGGAUCCUGAGAAGAUGUUGGCCAACUUUGAGUCAGGGAAACAUAAGUACCGCCAAACAGUCAUGUUCACGGCCACCAUGCCCCCGGCGGUGGAGCGUCUGGCCCGGAGCUAUCUUCGGCGACCUGCUGUGGUGUACAUUGGCUCCGCAGGCAAACCCCAUGAACGUGUGGAACAGAAGGUCUUCCUCAUGUCAGAGUCAGAAAAGAGGAAAAAGCUGCUGGCGAUCUUGGAGCAAGGCUUUGAUCCACCCAUCAUCAUUUUUGUCAACCAGAAAAAAGGCUGUGAUGUUUUGGCCAAAUCCUUGGAGAAGAUGGGGUACAACGCUUGUACACUGCAUGGUGGCAAAGGCCAGGAGCAGCGAGAGUUCGCACUGUCCAACCUCAAGGCUGGCGCCAAGGAUAUUUUGGUGGCUACAGAUGUGGCAGGUCGUGGUAUCGACAUCCAAGAUGUGUCGAUGGUUGUCAACUAUGAUAUGGCCAAAAACAUCGAAGAUUAUAUCCACCGCAUCGGGCGCACAGGACGAGCAGGGAAGAGUGGUGUGGCUAUCACCUUCCUCACCAAAGAGGACUCUGCUGUGUUCUACGAGCUGAAGCAAGCCAUCCUGGAGAGUCCGGUGUCGUCCUGCCCCCCAGAACUAGCCAACCACCCCGAUGCCCAGCACAAGCCAGGCACCAUCCUUACCAAGAAGCGCCGGGAAGAGACCAUCUUUGCCUAACAGCUCUCUCCCCUUGGCCGAAAGGGCACGUGCUGAAGCCUGUUCUUCAGGACCCUCACGACCAUCUUUCAGGUCCUCGCUCUGGGUUCUGGUGGUUUGUUCUGGACGUGAUCAGACUACCUGGCCUCGGGCCUGAGUUUGAGGCUGUAGGUGAAGAGGAGCUGUAGGAAGCAUAGAACAAAUUGCCAUAGAUCCUGGCCCAGCUCUGCCCCUCUGACGGGCUUUGGGGUUGCAUUGGGCCUUGGGCUUGCGCUAGUUAUGGAGGCAGUCGGUCGGCAAUGCCUUGCAGACCGAAGGGAACACUGGCCGAUGGGGACGUCUUCGGCACAGACGUGGCUGCGUGAGCUUCCGCAGCGUCAUUACCUGGAUGACCCCGGGGAUCUGGCACUGUGGGGAUUACGGACCUUGGACUCUUGUCGUUUUGACAGCUGUUUGCCCAUUUGGAUUAUAAAUCAAGUCGAGAGCCUUGUUUAGAGCCGCGCGCUGCCCCUUUGCCAAGGGUGCUGUGCACUCUAGGCACCCCUCACCCGGGGAACUUUUUUUAGUAGAUGUGGGGACAGGUUGAGCUGGCUGUGUCCAUCUUUAAGUCACUGAGUGAAAUUCUUGUUUUCUAUUCUCUGAGAAGAUGUUUGUAUGUUCUGGGAAUAAACACACGACUAUAAGGCUGU